CCAGUGAUUGAGUUGCGUUUGUCGACCAGGAAAUUAGCGGUUAGGUGACUCAGAAUAUCACUCUAUAGCUCAGUAAUAUCAUUUCUCAGCAGCAGUGGUGUCGUCCAAAGUACGAAGCAGAAAAAGAGAAGUGUAUUCGAACUAAUAUAUUGACAACCAAAACUUUUAAGACAGACCAACUGCUGUGUACUCCAACCAGCUGUCUGUGUGGUCGAAACUCCAUCAUUCCCCCUCUUUGGACCUGUCCUCACCCUCAGUUUCAGCUAGUGAUUCUCAUCAAAGAAUGUCGCUGUAUCCAUCCCUCGAGGACCUUAAGGUGGACAAGGUCAUGAAAGCCCAAGCCCAAUUUGCCCAUACCACUGCUACCCCAGUUAUUGCUGAGGGGACCUACCCAACCAUCACUGAGGGGACCUACCAGCCACAGGCUGCUGGGCUGGGGAUGCCAUCAACAACCCUGUACCCUAACCUGGAGGAUCUGGGAGAGUACAUGGGCCUGAGCCUCAACAGUGAUGAGGUUCAGAGGAACAUGGCCCUGGUGCCCAUGGCAGACAAUCAGGUGGCGGUGCCCUCAUGCAUGGGCAUCGGUGGCAUGGUGAGUCCUGUGACGGGUUCAGAUGUGGGAAUCAGGAGGGCAGAGAUCCGGCCAGGCCUGCGUGAGAUCAUUCUCUGUAAGGACCAGGAUAAGAAGGUCGGCCUGAGGCUGAGAGCCAUUGACAAUGGCGUGUUUAUCCAGCUGGUUCAGGCCAACUCCCCGGCCGCCCUGGGGGGCCUGCGCUUCGGGGACCAAGUCCUCCAGAUCAAUGGGCAGAACUGUGCUGGCUGGAGCCUGGACAAGGCCCACAAAGUCCUGAAGGUCGCUGCCGAGACCCGCAUCGAGCUCAUCGUCCGGGACCGGCCGUUCCAGCGUACUGUCACCAUGCACAAAGAUAGCUCAGGCCACGUUGGGUUUAUCUUCAAGUCGGGCAAUAUCACUUCACUGGUCAAGGAUGGUUCGGCCGCUCGCAACGGCCUUCUGACCGACCACUACAUCUGUGAGAUCAACGGCCAGAAUGUUAUCGGCCUCAAGGACGCUCAGAUCAAGGACAUCCUGACCACCUCCCCUACAGCCAUGACCAUCACCAUCAUGCCCAAGUUCAUCUACGAACACAUGAUCAAGAGAAUGUCCAGCGGUCUCCUGCGAUCAGCCAUGGACCACUCUGUGCCAGAGGUGUGAGGACCAGAACGUGACUACGUUCUCCUGCAGGAUGCCUACAAUCUCCAGAGUUCCCAUUGGCCCCUAAAUGUCCAAUGGGGUUCUUUCUCGCUUUUGAAAAACCUCUUGUAUCACAAUCACCUUCAUCGUAACAUAAAAGAUGCCUUUCUUUCUAUGUUUCAAAUAUUGUUAUUCCAUGUAGUUCCUUUUCUACUUCCAUCCCUUUGUCUAUAUUUACAUUUAGUAUUUUUAUAUGAUAAUUCUUGUAGUCAAGUAUUACAUUUAUGUAUGUGGCAUUGCAUUGAGUACACCUUUAUUUUAAUGACAUGAAUGCUACCAUGAGUCCAGAGCUUCCUCAUAAAGAGUAUGGUUCAUUGGCUCGUGACCUUUCACCUUUUGUGUCAAAAUGCUGUAAAAGCCAAUGACUUCCAUGGUUGUUGAUCAUAACCCUGUUCCCCUAUGCAGCUGGGGUAUUACGCUGGGCGGACCCACUAAGUGCACUUUUCACUUCCUGUUAGAGGUAGUCUUUCCUCUAACCAUUUGUGUUUUUGUUAUUGUUCAAGUGGAGUCAAAAUUAACUAGGAAAUAUGUCAAGUAUGUAGAAGUUAACUCUGGGAAUUGAUUUGUUUGAUGCACAAAGUAAUCAACAAAUAAUAUACACAUCUAGGGUUCAAUCAAUCAUUUCCUGUGUGGGUUCUAUUAUGUUUAGAAGAUAUUCUGUGAUGUGCACAGCGAGACUGAAAGCGUUUCUCUGAAUGUUCCUUUAUUGCUGUUCUUGUUUGGAUUAAUUUUUGUUUGUAACAUUUGAUAUUCACACAGCCAUCAUUCUGAAAAUGCUAGAAUCUAAAAGUUUAUAUACAAAAUGUAACCAAGAUAAUUGUAAAACAAAUAAAUAAUCCUUCUGUUCACAUUCA